AGUGGAUCCAAGAUGGCGUAGAAAGUAAGGCUAGGUGCUGGACAUGAUAGGACGCAUUGACUGCAUCUGCAAUUAAAGACUGUGAAGAUGUUCUGUCCCUGAGUCAUGGCAGACAGGAGAGCGGAGAAGUCAUGUGAAGAAGCCAGCAAAUCGUUAGCCAGGCGGGAGUACGAGGCGGCGGUCACCCACAGCACGGACGCCCUGGUGGUCCUCACACCCCAAGCCUUGUUACCCGGUGCCCCCGUACUGCCCAGCCCUCCCUCGGCGGUCGCCGCCGGACCCCUCCGCAGCCGCGCCCUGCUCUACCGAAUUGCUGCCUUCCUACAGCUGAAAAACUACGACGGAGCAGAUGAAGACUGCAAACAUGUUCUGGUAGAUGAGGUUGCUCGGGGGGACGGCUCUCUACAGGCGAGUUUGCGCUCCAUGCUUUUGGAUGGCAGCCUGCAAGAGGUGGUCAGCAUCCUAUCUAAAGCCCUGUAUGGAGAGCCAGUGAAUGGCAUCGUUACAAAAGACCUGACCAGAUUAAAAAUGCUCUUCUCCGAAAUUGAGGCAAUAAAAAGAGAGAUGGCCCCUGAAUACACAGAUGACCAGGAUGAAGAAGUCCAAGAUGGCUGGCAGUUCCGGCCUCCUCCCAGAGGGGUCACUAGCAGCGAGGAGUACACUCUCUGCAAAAGGUACUUGGAGCAAGGCCUGUGUCGGUACGGGGCGCAGUGUACGUCGGCCCACUCGCAAGAGGAGCUGAUGGAGUGGCAGAAACGUUACGCCUCCCGACUCAUUCGCCUCAAACAGCAGCAGGAAAGCAAACACUUCACUGAGAACUACAUGGAAACUCUAAUCGAAAAGUGGAUGAACUCUCUUUCCCCGGAGAAAGUGUUAAGUGACAGUCUUGAAGGCGUGGCAGUUGAGACCAGCUCCGGCCUUUCUGUUACAGUCACCUCCAAAAAGUCCUCCCACUCCUGGAUCUUUUCUUUGCUGUGCAAGCCGGCUCGAAAGCUGUUCCGCAUUGCCUUACUCUACGACGCCCAUCGACCACACUUCUUCAUCACCGGAGUUUCAGCCGGCGAUCGCCUGCAGUCGGUUCCCAAAGGAUGCCAAGAGUGGACGCCCGGAGACGAUUCGGCGGCAGCCGACAACGGCCUCGACCACUGUGUCUACAAAGUGGCGGUGGGCUUCAGCACCGAGAUCUUUGGCACCUUCAGACAGACCAUCGUGUUCGACUUCGGCUCCGAGCCGGUGCUGAUGCAGAGGAUCAUGGUGGACGCCGCCUCGAUCGAAGACUUGGAGCACCUAUUGGCAGCCAGGCAGCAGCUGCUGAUAACCGCCAAGCGCUGGGACUCGUCCUGCAAAACCAUCGUGGAAUUCACGCCCAACGAGACGGUGGCCAACCUGGAGAGGAGCCUGCUGGCCCGCUACCAGAUCCCUCUGUCGGCCGACCAGCUCUUCACCCAGUCCGUCCUGGACAAGACGCUGACCAAAGACAACUACCAGGCCCGGCUGCACGACCUGCUCUACAUAGAGGAGAUCGCUCAGUACAAGGAAGUCAGCAAGUUCAACAUCAAGGCCAACCUGCAGCUGGUAACCAGCUUCAUGCUAACUGGGAUUUCUGUUGGAGCCAAGUAUGCUCAGAACGGACAGCUCUUUGCACGCUUCAAACUCACUGAAACACUUUCCGAGGACACUCUGGCUGGGAGACUAGUAAUGACCAAGGUGAAUUCAGUUCUGCUGCUGCCAUUGGGGCGGGAAGGGUUCGGCGGUCACGGUCCUUCUGGGGUCAAAGAGCGCGUUUAUGAGGCUGUGAUAGAGGAGAAGACCAAGGAUUACAUCUUUCUGAGGAUUUGCAAGAGCUGCUGUGAGGAGCUGAUGCUGCAGCCAGACAGAGAAAUACAAGUGGAACUCCAGUUUCAGCUCAACAGACAGCCACUGUGUGAGAUGCACUACGCCCUGGAUCGCAUCAAAGACAACACCAUCCUUUUCCCUGACAUUGGCCUUGUCCCCACAAUCCCGUGGAGCCCAAACAGGCAGUGGGACGAACAGCUGGACCCCCGUCUGAACGCCAAGCAGAAAGAGGCCAUCCUGGCCAUCACCACACCCGUCUCCGUCUCUCUUCCCCCAAUCCUCAUCAUUGGGCCCUAUGGUACCGGCAAGACCUUCACCCUGGCACAGGCUGUCAAACACAUUCUUCGCCAGGACAACAGCAGGGUCCUGAUCUGCACUCAUUCCAACAGCGCAGCUGACCUUUACAUUAAAGACUAUCUUCAUCCAUAUGUGGAAGCAGGCAACGAGCACGCCAGACCUCUCAGGGUAUAUUUCAGGAACCGUUGGGUGAAGACCGUCCACCCGGUGGUCCAGCAGUACUGUCUCAUCUCCAGCACACAGGUCACUUUCCAGAUGCCCACAAGGGAGGACAUCCUCAGGCACCGUGUUGUUGUGGUCACCCUCAGCACCUCCCAGUACCUCUGCCAGCUGGAUUUGGAACCUGGGUUGUUCUCUCACAUCCUGUUGGAUGAAGCAGCUCAGGCCAUGGAGUGUGAAACCAUCAUGCCUUUUCCUCUUGCUAGCAAGACCACCCGCAUCGUGCUGGCUGGGGACCACAUGCAGCUCAGUCCGUUUGUGUACAGCGAGUUUGCACGGGAGCGCAACCUGCACGUGUCACUGCUGGACCGGCUGUACGAGCACUACCCCCCCGAAUUUCCCUGUCGCAUCCUCCUGUGCGAGAACUACCGCUCCCACGAAGCUAUCAUCAACUACACAUCCGAGCUAUUUUACGACGGAAAGCUAAUCGCGAGUGGGAAGCAGCCGUGCCAUAAGGAUUUCUACCCGCUGACCUUCUUCACAGCCAGAGGAGAAGACGUCCAGGAGAAGAAUAGCACUGCCUACUACAACAAUGCAGAGGUGUUUGAGAUCGUGGAGCGAGUGGAGGAGCUGCGUAAGAAGUGGCCGGUGGCCUGGGGGAAGCUGGACGAGGGCAGCAUCGGGGUGGUGUCGCCGUACGCCGACCAGGUUUUCCGCAUUCGUGCCGAACUCCGAAAGAAGAGAAUGCACGAGGUCAGCGUCGAAAGAGUGCUUAAUGUCCAAGGUAAACAGUUCCGAGUGCUUUUCCUCAGCACGGUGCGGACGCGGCAUACCUGUAAGCACAAGCAGACCGCCAUCAAACGCAAAGAGCAGUUGGUGGAGGAUUCGACCGAGGACCUCGACUACGGCUUCCUGUCAAACUACAAGCUGCUCAACACGGCAAUCACCAGAGCUCAGUCCCUGGUCGCGGUGGUGGGAGACCCCAUAGCGCUCUGCUCUGUUGGACGCUGCAGAAAAUUCUGGGAGCAUUUCAUCUCAAUCUGCCACGAGAACUCCAGUCUGCACGGCAUCACCUUCGAGCAGAUCAAGGCUCAGCUGGAGGCCCUGGAGCUCAAGAAGACCUACGUCCUCAAUCCGCUGGCCCCGGAGUUCAUCCCUCGGGCCCUCAGGCCCCUUCAGGGACACCAGUCCUCCUCACAAGGCCUUCAUCCCCACCAUCAUCCUCAUCAUCAGCACGGUCUGCCUGCCUCCAACAAGCAGGCUGCACAGCAUCAUCAACAACAGCAGCAGCAGCAGCAGCAGCAGUCCCCUCCAAAGGGGAAACAGGCGAACCACACCGAGCACCUCCCACCCGAUGGAUACGUACAAUCCAGCCCUGCCGUGUUGAUGGGAAACCCGAUCCGGGCCUUCACGCCCCCUCUGGGUGCCACGCCGGCCGGCAUAGGGAAGUCGCCCAGCCCCGUGCAGCGCAUCGACCCGCACACCGGAGCCAGCAUUCUCUACGUACCAGCUAUGUACGGCGGAAACGUGGUCAUGCCCAUGCCUCUGUCGUUGCCCUGGCCAGGUUACCAGAACCGCUUUGCUGUGGACCCUCGCAUCAUGAGCCACCCGGCGGCCAUGGCCUACAACUUAAACCUGCUUCAGCCGCAGAACCGAGGCUCUCCCAUCCCUUAUAGCGGCGUCGCCCACCCCUCUCCUUUAGGACUGGCCCAGCUCAGCCCAGAGAAGGACCUGCAGGCUGACCUCAUCAGGAACGGUAAAGGAGACGGCUGCUCAAAGGUCGAACAGACUCGUCUUCAGACGCCAGAGAGGAAAAACGCAGACAUAAGAGAAAAACAGGCAGAUUUAGACACUGGUCAAAAUCGAAGUUUAGAUUCCCAACCAGAGGGUCUGGUUGGCUUUCCGAACGCUCUGCUUCACCGAAAAGACCCUUCAGCUACCCAAAGAUCCCUCAACUACCACCUGGCACCACCCAGCCCAGCUUUUCCUCCGCACCCGGCCAGCGGGAGAACCUUCCCCCAGCAGUACCCCGUUCCUAGACUUCCUUACCGGGUCGGCCAGCCUCAACAUCCAGGGAUGCCCCAACAGAAUCAGCAGCAACAGCUCAGUCCUGCCUUCACCGGUGGAAGCCACGCUUCCUUCUUCAGCGGUUCCGUGGCCGCUCACCGAUCCGUGCAAUCGCCCACUGUGGACGGGGCGGAGUCUUCGGGGGCCGAGGAGAUGAGCAGCACCGUUAGGACUCACAUGGGCCACCAGGGGGCGCAACACCCAGGCCUACCGCAGCACAACAGGGUCAGCAACUUUGGGGAGGAUGGACAAGAUGGAAGUCUGGACGGUUUAGACCUCCAGAGUCCCCUGACUUUAGAAGCCCUGAGCCAGCAGCAGCAGCAGGCGGCCAGACUGGGCCAGUGGGGGGAAGCAGCAGGCCCCUUCCUCCAGGGCAGUGUUGCCUUUCCUCUGCCCCAGCAGCUCGCCCACCUCGCUCAAUCUGGCAUGGCUCGCUUUCCCCCUCAGCUGCUCCGGGCUGCUACCUGGGGGCUUAGUGCCAAUAUGGACGACGAAGCCGUUUCCUCUGCUCCCGCGGGACCAGCAUGCUCCAGGUACCCGGGCCUUUUGAGAGAGAUGCCCCCACAGGAACAGCCGGAACCACGGGAAGCGACUGAAUUGCAGCCGCCGCCUCAGUCCCGCCUGCUUCAGUACCGACAGUCCCAGACCCGUGCCUCUGGCGAGCCCUCGUCCUCCUUAGCCCCCCUGUCCAAUCAUGCUGGCCCCUUUCCUACAGGACUGUACUCCCACGAAACCGGCCGGAACCUCCUCAACGAAAACCUUCUCAACAACCCAGCUCUGCAGCAGCAGCAGCACCCGGGGAAUCCCCUGUACAACGCCGGCAGCUACCCGAAUCAGCCACCAGCGCAGUCCGGCGGCAGCAGCCCCCCACCAUCGAACGUGAAGUAUCUCCUGCAGGAAGCGCAGUGGCCCCAUGGCGGAGCGUCGUCCGUGUCCCAGCAGAACCACCUCCUAGGGAACCAGAGUCAUAGCCUUCUGUACGGACUGCCCCUGAUGGCUCACCCCAGCAGGCCGGAGCAGGUGCUGAUGCAACUCCACCACCAGCAGCAACAGCAGCAGCAGCAGCACCAUCAACAGCAACAAAAUCAAGGCCCGGACUCUGAGUCCUACCACCCUCUGUCCCCUAGAACAUCAGCAGCCGCAGCCAUCCACAGCGUAGAUGAGUAUGAACCGAGAGGUCCAGGCCGGCCCCUCUAUCAGCGCCGCAUCUCCUCCAGCUACCCGGAUGAAUCAUCUCCAGCCCACCCCUGUCAUCCCGAGCCCCAGGAUCACCCGCAGCAACCGCAAGGCUCCUACAGCUACCCCCCCCAUGACCACCUCUGGCCCAGCAACGGCGGAGGUCCCGGUCCAUUCCAGAACAUUCCAUGCAACGGAGCGAGCAAACUAGUUCAGCAUCGUGAACUUCUAGCUUCAAAGGUCCAUCGUCAGACUGACGAGCAGGUGAAGGCCGAACCGGCCGGCACGCCGCAGCAGGCGCAUCCACACAACCUCAGCUCCCUUCAGCACCAGUUUCCCCCUCUAAUGUCCAAUAAGAAGCAGCAGCAGCAGCCGCCACCGCCGCCACCACAGCCUCCGACAGAGCCCACUCAGGGGGCUCCCAAUUUAGUAAAGCCGCCCACCAUGUCAUACGCGAGCGCCCUCCGAGCGCCUCCCAAGCCGAGAGCCGUUCGACCCGAGCAGGCGAAGAAGAACAGCGACCCGCUGUCCCUCCUGCAGGAGCUGAGCAUCGGAAGCUCAAACGGUAGCAAUGGUUAUUAUUCUUACUUUAAAUGAGAGCCGACGCUCCCGCGUCGUAAGUAAAGCGGAACAAAAAGAAAAAAGGCAAAAAAAAUUGUAAAAGUUUUAUAAAAUUUAUUUUAAAAAAAUAGUGGAAAGUGCAUUUUAAAGAAUUGUUUGUAAUAGUAGAUUUUAGAUUUUUCUUUUUUGUUUCUUUUCUCUUUUAUUUUAACUUCUGGUUCUUUUCUCUCCUGACAUAUCUGUGAAGAAAGUCAGUAUAUAUAUAGCAAAUGCAUUACUGGUAUAUAUAUACAUAUUCAUUAUGUAUAUAUGAAUAUAUACUUAUAUUAUCUACACUUGUACAUGUACGUAAUGCUUAGAAAACAAAAAUACAAAAAAAUAAAAUAAGAUGAAAGAUAAUUAAAAAAAAACGACUUAUUUGACCAUUUAGCUAUCUGCUUAGUUUUCCUGCUUUAGUUGGUCUCUUUAACUAUAUUUUUAGUUCUUUUUUCUAACUCCUGUUUUUUUUUGUUUGUUUUUUUUAACAACCAUUUGAUUUUAAAGUGAACACUGACCGUUCACACCACUGCAGUUUGUUGUAUUGCAUGAAAGCUAAGUGGUCGACUGAGUGAAACCGAAAGGAACAAUGUAUAGAAGUAGAUACAUUUUUCCUCUAACCUGUACAGAAAAAGAAAAUAAAAGACUGAACUGUAUUCCACAAAAAGAAAAAACAAAAAAAACAAAAAUCAUAUUAGUAUUUGCAUUAUGAGGGUUUUUGUUUUGUUUUGUUUUGUUUUCAGCUUCUUUUUUCUUUUCGGUCCUUAGUCAUCAUUAACUUAAAUAAUCUGGUGAUGUAGUGAUUAAUGUGAUUAUUUAUAGAAAAAAAAAAACAACAACAAAAAAAAACUUUGCCAAGAUCUCACCGGGGGAAGUGCGGUGUGCAGAUGUCGGGACAGCUUUCAUUCCUCCUCUGUCGGCUUCAAACGCAACACGUUUCUUUAGGCGGCAACAUGAACUGCUCUGCUUCGAUUUACUUUUACUGUUUUGUUGGGUUUUUUUUUCUUUGAGAUAGUCUUUUAAAUGUAAAAUUGUUUCCCUGCUUUUGUUCGACCUCAAUUUGGAUUUUGUGUUACCUGGUUUGGAAUAAUCUGAUGGUCUGUGGAAGUGAACUGAGAGUUGUUAAAACGUGCAUCGUGGGAUCAUUACUUCCAGUCAGAUGUUUUUGAACAACAAAAAAUACCGGAGGAGUAAACCCGUGGCAAACAAAAUCGGAAAAUAUCGCAUCCCCUCACCAAACAAAAGAAAGAAAAAAGACACUUCCGCAGCCAUUAACCGCAGUUUGAAAUUUUAUUCCUUAUUUUUUUUUAAUAUCUGGAUUUGGGGUGGUCUUAAAGGCAUGAAGAAAAUUGGUAGUGUUUAAUUUUUUUUGCUUAUGAGAAAGUAGAUAAUUUUAUUAGCAUUUUACAAACGUGUCUCAAUUUUAUGCAUUGCUUCAAUUUUUUAUAAAUGUAAAAAUACAGCUACUUAAGAAAUCAAAACUUUCAGUUACAUAUUUUAUCUUUGUUUCACAACAAAUGUUAAACACAACACUGCUAGCUAAAAUUUUAUUACUAGCUAAAUCUUCAGCUAGCAGUUUUAUUACUGGCUAAUCUUCAGCUAGCAGUUUCAUUUCUAGCUAAAGGUUCACUACUCUAGCUAGCAGCUAAGAUGCUAGCUCAACUUAAGCUUGUGGUUUUAUUGCUGGCUAAAGUUUCACUGCUUCACAUAGCCGCUAGCAGUUAUGCUAGCUUAACUUAAGAUUGUGGUUUCACUGGCUGAGGUUUUUUUGGCUACAAGUUUUAUAAAGAAAACAUUUCUAAAAUUAAAGCCAGCUAUUGAUUUAGUUUUUAAAGCAAAAUUAUUACUGUAUAUUUAGGCAAACUUAAAACAGGCGUGGGCCGGUAUGCAGUGGUUUUAGUGCAUCAUUAAAUUCAAUGUAGAAAUAAACAAUAUGAUCUAAUUAUUUAUAUUUUUUAACAGAAAAUCAGCAGUUUCUACUGCUGUUAUAGUAAUGUAUUGCUGUAAUGCUGUUACAGGCAUAAUGAUGUGUUUUUUCACCCUUUUAUACUUUUUUUUCCACCCCCUGCUAUGAAAUUACCUGCUUAAGGAGUUGAACUAUCUGCCAUGUUAGAGCACUUAUUAAAAGGACGUUAUGCUUUGAGAGCGGUAUAAUGGAACAUCUUACCAUUUUUAAACCAGAACAUCCUAAAAAUGCCAAUUACUUCAAUAUCGGCAACAGUUUUUAACUUUUACAUUUGCUUAAAAAUUUCUGUCCAAAAACUAAUUUCAUUUUACCAAACGUGACACUGAACGAUGAGAACAGCUUCGUUUAGCAGAUUUUUAUUUUGUUUCAGGAAGGUCAUUUUAAGUUUUUCUUCCAUUAGGAGAUUCUGUGUUAUUUUGGGGAAGAAAUAGGGUUUCCGAGUUUGAGUUUUAUUUCACAAAAAUUUGUCCCCCCCCCGCAACACACACACACACACACACACACCCCCACACACACACACACACACACACACACACACACACACACACACACACACACAAAAAGAGAAGAGAGGUGGAGAGACUGAAGAAGUUUGUUCAAAAACCUUUGACUGUUGGUAUGUUUUUAUUAAGAUCUGCAUAAUUGAACAAGAAUGGUGAUGUUAUGGAAGUCAUGAUUUAUAAAAACAAAAAAAAAACAUACAAAAAACAAUAGAGACGGCCCAGUUCUUUGAUUUAAUCAGAUUUGUAAGUCAACUGCUCCAGCAGCUAAUCGAUCUUCUGAAAAUUACUUUGAUCGUUCUUCCUGCUCGCUCUGGAAAACCGCACCGCGUGGGAAGUUUUCGAGUUUAUUUCGAAUUUGAGUUUUCUGCACACAGAUAAAUUUAAGGAAUCUCUUCACUGGUAAUCGUGGCUUCAUAUUGUUGCAGUUAGUCUCUGAUGUAUUUCUUUUCUUUUGAUUUAAAAAAAAAAAGAAAAAAAAAAAGCCUUACAGCCAGAAACGAAGAUGUUUUAAGUGUUGAGCUCCGAAUCCUUUUCAAGUUUUGACCUUUCAAAUGACAGGAUCCUGAUCAUUUUUUUAUUUUUAUUUAGCAGAUAAAACACCUACUUGUAAAUAUACAUUUUGUAUGUAUUUACAAAUGAGAACUUUGGGAGCGCCUCGAUUUUGUAGAAGCUGAUCAAUGAAGAGGUACGCCCUUUUUAAUUAUGCAAAUUCACAAAAAAAUAGAGAGAAAAUCUAGAAACGGUAGUUGCAUCACCUUGUAACUUUGCAGGUUUUUCUUUUCAUUUUCCUCUUUUUUCUUCUUUUUUUUUCAAGAAGCUGCCCGGCUUCUUUAGCAGAGGAGAAUUUCUGUUGCGCCUUUUUAAGAUGACCUGAUUUACUGUACAAUAUGUAUUUUUUAAGUACACCUUGCUGGAUUCGUCCUGUCAUGUUUUCUCACCACAGCUGUACAACAAUCAACACCUGGAUUCAUACGUCGAUGUUUAGUCUGUUUUUGUUUUUUUGGGUUUUUUUUUUUGCUUGUUUUAUUGCAUGUUGCGAUGACCUUGUUGGGUUUUGAUCCUCCGUUCCUAUCGGUUUGUAAUGAUUUCUGGAUGAAAAACGGUAAAGGAAAAAAAAUACAUGUUUUUGUUUUCAACCUGCAGAGUUAAAUUUUUGGUAUUUUUCUUUGACGUGUACAAAUAACUUGUGACAUACAUAAAACUGUUACUUUUACUAAUGUGUCGAUCAAAAAAAAAAAAACAAUUGAAUGGUCAUAUAUGUUUCCCCACCUUCCUUUUUCUUCCUCCUACAGUCUGAAGGGCUAAAGCUGAGGUUGCUCCCUGGGGAUCGUGCGGGGAGCCCAUUUUUUAAUUUAAUUUUUUUUUUUUCUCUUUUGUUUUAAAGUCAUCGGCUAAUCUCUAAAGUUGUGCAAUACUAAUAAUUCAACGCUUUUUUUUCUGCUUUUUUUUUUUUUUAGCUACAGUUCUAUUUAUUAAGACAGAAGAGAUUGAGCCAAAGACAUUUUAAAGGGAUUUUGUUAGCAGUUUUUUUUGUUUUGUUUUCCUGAUUUCUAAUAUUUCAAUUCUUUGCUCUGUGUGUACCUCGUUAGCACGAUGACGUAAUCUGAGUUGGAUUUGAAAGCUCCCAACAUUACACCACAUUUCAUGGUAUGUUCUAGAUGUGAAACCAGCUGUAAAGUGUGCGUGCGAGUGGCUCACAAUUUAAAAAAAACACAAAAAAACGACAAAAAAAGAGAGAGAGAGAGAGAGAGAGGCAAAGGGCACCUUUUGCCCGGCCAGCAGAGAGCACUGUGUUCAGCCUCCUAUAAGCGCCGUCUUCUCCUGUUAUCUGUUGGGCCUCCUCUGUUCUCCCCCCGCUGCAGUGAAUCAAUGGCACACCUGUUCCUCCCUGCUUUCCAGCCCCCAUCGGUUUCUCCCUCGUGGGUUCAAAGUAAUGAAUAUUCAUUUCAACUGGUGGUUGUUAUGAGAACUGAUUUAGGCUGUGUUUUAAAGGUUUUCUUUUCUUUUUUUAAUUGUUUCUCUAUUAAAGUGUUUUUAUUGAAA